GCGUCGUCCCUGCCCGUUCUCCCGGCACCCUUUGCGGCGGCAGGAUUGGCCAAGGUCGUGGAGAAGAAGGAGGUUGAGGCAGUCCGCCAUGUUGGGGCAGCCCAUCCGCAGGUUGGCCACUUCUGUGGUCCGCAGGAGCCAUUACGAGGAGGGGCCGGGGAAGAACCUGCCAUUCUCUGUAGAAAACAAAUGGCAAUUGCUGUUAAAAAUGACUCUCUUCUUUGGCUCUGGAUUUGCCGCGCCGUUCUUCAUAGUCCGACACCAGCUGCUUAAGAAAUGAAGUGAGUGGUUUCCCUUCAGGAACCAGAUUUCACCUGGAACAUAUUUCAUGAUGUAUCCUUGAAGAGCAUCUAAUAUUACAAAUAUUUACCACACUAGAUGUGAUUGUAAAUAAACCUAUUAUCUCAAUGUU